AUGUCGAACUACCCUUCGACAGAACAUGAGGAGACUCCGCUCUUAAGGGAUCCUCCCAGGUUUCGCCAUGUGGACUACCAGGCUGCCACCGAAGAACCACGAGAUAGCGCGGGAGUGGGCUCGUCACAAUCCGUGAUUGAAGACGAGAUUCUCUUCCCUGUUCUCACUCAAGCUUCAUCCGCACCAAGCUUGGACAUCGAGCCUGGCCUAGAACGAAUUCUAUCUGCGAGUCUGAGAAGGAAAAGCCAUUCCUCUUACCAUUCGUUACCAUCGACAUCUCCAAAUGAGUCCACGUAUGGCAAUCGAUUCAUCGAUGUGUCACCGUCACAGUUUUGGGCCAUCUUCUCGGGCAUCAUGCUGGGCUAUAUCAUCGGGUUCUUCGAUUCCACCCUAAUGGCGUCGAGUCACCCUGUGAUUACCUCGUACUUUCAUGCGGCCAAUUCAGCCUCUUGGCUGUCGACUGGAUUUCUUCUGACCUCUACGGCACUCAUGCCCCUCUUUGGACGCACCUCAGAUGCUCUGGGGCGGAAACCGGUGUACCUAUUUUCCAUCUUCGUCUUCUUCGUGACUACGGCGUGGUGCGGUCUCGCACAAAGUAUCGGUAGCUUCAUCGCGGCUCGGGCUCUUUGCGGAAUGGGUGCUGGCGGAGUCAUGUCCAUGGGUCAAGUCAUCUCCAGCGAUCUUGUGCGCCUUGAGUAUCGAGGGAUCUACCAGUCAUACCUCAAUUUCUGCCUGGGCAUCGGAAGUUGCACCGGACUGGCCUUUGGUGGGUUUUUAUGUGACUCCAUUGGCUGGAGGAACGCCUUCCUCAUUCAAUUACCCUUCAUUUUUGUCUACUUUAUUCUCGCGGCGAUCACCGUCCCUGCAGAACUUGGCAUCAAGCUGGUCGGCUCUGAGCGCAUGACCCUGAGACAAGUGAUUCGGAACGUGGACCUGACCGGGUCUGCAUUUCUCGUCUUGGCCGUGACCGCCUUGAUCAUGGGCUUGAACUUGGGUGGUAAUGUUUUUCCCUGGAGCCACCCGGUGGUGAUUUGCUCCCUUCUCUCGGCCCUGGUCUUGACUAUCAUCCUUGUGCGAUACGAGCGCCAUGUCACAUUGGCAGUGCUCCCCGUGGAACUGCUGACGCAAGAUCCUCGAGCCAGCAUCAUCUUCGGAAACUUCUUCGGAGCAGUUUCGGUAAACACGAUGAUGUUCAACGCCCCUCUGUAUUUUCAAGUCGUUAAGCUUGCUAGUCCCACGGACUCUGGACUUCGUCUUGUAGCCGCGUCGGUUGCCGUGACGGUUUCCAGCGUGGGGACGGGCUUUUUGAUCACUCGGCUGAGGCGCAUGAAGCCAACCAUUAUUGUCGGGGGCAUUAGCAUGGUUAUUGGUGGUUGUGCCGCUGCUGUGAUGGGUGUCGACACGCCAGAUACGCUUGCCAUGAUUUGCGUAUCACUAUCCAGUCUUGGUCAAGGUUUUGCCUUUCCAAGCUUGAUGGUUUCAAUUCUAUCGACGAGCGCACAGGAUGAGCAGGCAGUCACAACCACCACCCUGGGAUUGGCGCGUAAUUUGGGUUCUGUCAUGGGCGUCUCGGUGAGCAGCUGGAUUCUCCAAAACACUUUGAACUGGCAGCUACAAUUCAAAGUGACCGGCCCCGAGAAGGCUCAUGUCAUCGGUCUUGUGCGCAAAUCCAUCCGUGCCAUUGCUGAGCUGGAUUCACUUCAUCAACAAGAAGUGAUCCAAGCAUAUGCUGCAGCCUUACGUUUCACUUUCUUUUCUGCGGCUGUUUGGGGUCUUGUCAUGUUGAUUUUACAUUCGCGACUUCAAUUGCCCAGACUUGGGGAUAGAAAAAAAUAG